AAAGCAGUCUACGAAGGUUUCCCAUAGUCAAGUGCUGCCACCUCUAUUGUGCUCUUCUGCGCAAAAAGAUUGCAAUAUUAACAAAUGGCUACUGAUGAUUCAGCUAUGGAUCCAAAGUUGGAAAUGGAAACAAAUGAAAAUGAUAAUCAGAAUCAUAAAAUUGAACCAAGUUCUGAGACAGAGAAGUCAAAUACAGAUGGAAAUUCUAAAGUUGAAGAAAAAUCUGAGUCAGAAGACACAAGAACAGGAAGUUCCAGUGAAAUUUCAGAAAACAAUAUACAGUCAACUUCAGAUACAAAACCAAAGGAAAUGGUGGACAUAAAAGUUAUUUAUAAUAAACAAAAAUAUGAUGUAUCUUUUGAUAUGGAUGAGACUGUCUCAAACCUCAAAACUCAUAUACAGACUUUAACAAGUGUACCAGUAGCUAUGCAAAAAGUUAUGUACAAAGGGUUAGUGAAAGAUGACCAAACAUUAAGAGACUUGAAAGUGACAAAAGGUGCAAAAUUCAUGGUAGUAGGAUCCAAACUCCAAGAUGUGAUGGCUGUCAAUGCACCAGAUCCUAAAGAAAUACAGAAAGAAGAGGCUGUGGCAACAGCACAAAAGGAAGCUCUAUGUAAUCAAAAGAUGCACAAAAAAGUUUUAGAAAAAUAUGGAAAACCAGAUGAUGUUGCCCCAGGUAUUAAGGGGGUAAAAGAGCCUCUACCCACAGUCCCUGUAUCAGGAAUGUAUAACAAGGCGGGGGGCAAAGUCCGACUCACCUUCAAACUGGAACUGGAUCAGCUCUGGAUAGGGACAAAAGAGAGGACAGAUAAAAUUCCAAUGAAUUCCAUAAAAGCAGUGGUUAGUGAACCUAUUGAGGGUCAUGAAGCAUAUCAUCUAAUGGGCAUUCAACUAGGGCCCACAGAGGCGUCUCGGUACUGGAUCUACUGGGUCCCUGCACAGUAUGUUGAUGCAAUCAAAGACACAGUAUUAGGAAAAUGGCAGUUCUUCUGACACGACUGACAUGUUCUGACACUCACUGACACGUCACAUCUAGAGAAACACCAAUGGGAUAGAAAAUGUCUCUUUACGCUUGGAUCUUUUAAUUAGAGAAAAUCUUAAUAUUUAUGCAAAUUCAGAGAUUAAUCCAACCAAGUUUAGAAAGGAGAUUUUGGUAGUCACAUGUUACAGCUGUUGAUUGCAUUUGUAUUCAGUCACUUUGAAAGGAGUGUUUCUAAAAGGAUAUCCAUGCCGAUAAUUUAGGCAUGGGCAAGUUCCAGAAUAAUGUCGGCUUUUUAAUCUCAUUUACUUUUUCCAUAGGAUCAGCGCUCGUCCACUUCAUCAUAAAACCAGCUGUAUAGAAAACUUAUUAUGGUCAUUUUUUCUGACCACUUCAGUAAGAGGAGAGAACCUCGGCUGUGUGUAGACCUGUGAAGUUGACAAAGCUUCGUGUUUCAAUAAAACCAUGAAUCUGUUGCUCAUUGACAGUUAAUUUUAAGUUAAACCUAGUUCUAUGUCAGUGCUUACUGCCUGCCCAACUGUUUUACUACUACAAAAAACUGCUGUUUUCAUGCAUUUUGUUUGCCAUGAUUAUACAAUAUAUGGACUAAUUUAAUAAACAAAGUUAUUUUAUUUUAUCAGCAUUGUAUUUAAAAUGGGUCUG